ACCCAUUUGACAUUUCAUAUAAACACCUACGGAAGUCGAUAACUACAUUCACACGAUAUAAAAUUCCACGAAACUUCCAUCCAAUAACAUUUUAAUUUCACAAGAUGUUGAAAUUUUGCUUAUUUGCGCACCAUACGUUUAAUGUACAACGUCAUUAUCUGAAUGAAGAGACGGCGGACGUUUUUUUCCUUUGUGGAAAUAAUGAAAUGGAAGAACGCAUUCCAGCUCACAAAAUCCUUCUGGCCGCAUCGACCGAUGUGUUUGAUACGAUGUUCUACGGUCCGCUUCGCGAGGGUGACGAGAUUAAAAUAGACGAUGCUACGCCGGACGGUUUCCGUCAAUUUUUGCGCUAUUUCUACUUUAACGGUAUGGAACUAAGCUUGGAAUUCAUCGAUGAAGUUAUGUAUUUGGCAAAAAAGUAUCUGGUCGAUUCGUAUUUUGCUGAAUGCUCCCAAUUUUUAUCGCUACAAACGGAAGCAAAAGGAAUACUCAUCGCGUACAAACAAUCGAUUCGGUUUGGCCUAUCUAAAUUGAAGACAGAAAUGGAAAAUUCUAUCGAAGACUACUCAAAUCGCAUUUUUCAUUCGGAAUAUUUUGCUGCCAUCGAUCGCGAUUUUCUGAAACAAAUAAUUGAAAUACCACGUUUCCGCAUUGCGAAUUCAGAACUCAUUUUUGACGCUUGCAUAUGGUGGGCACAAGCCGCUUGCAAACGGGCAAACACCGAUAUAUUGGUUAUGCAAAACCUUCGCGAUCAAUUGGGCGAUUGUUUUCAGCGGAUCGAAUUCAGUGCAAUGAAGCGCAACAAAAUCGCAGAAUGUGUUGAAAAAUUUGGUGAUUUAUUCACUGCGCAAGAGCUGCAACAAUUUGUAUUCAUGGUUUUAGCGAAGAGCCCGAGUAAUACAAAGGCGAGCUACGGUAGCCAUGCCGAAUAUGAAAUUUCUAAACAAACUGAUCUCAUGGUAGAACUAACAAAGGGAUCACAGGAGAAGCUGCAAUUUAUUCCAAAAAAACGAUCGCUACUGAACGCUUUUUCAUUAAGUCAAUGUACAAAAUUUAGUGACGAGGAUGUAUAUCUGGCAAGCGUUUUCAAAAUUUCCACAGAUAAAAACCAAAAACUUCUUCUUCUAACGGACUUUUUCCCAUUUGGAGACAAUUCUGAUUUUCGAGAAGGAAUCAUUUUGGAAGCAGACUCCAUUUACUCUAUUGAAAUCCUGUUUUUGGGUAAAGCGAGUUUUUUUGGUCGGGAAAUAGAACAUUCAGAAGUAAUUGAAAUUUUGCCUGAGACAAACACUAAACUCAUUGCUUCAUUGGAUUUGUAUAUGGAUUAACCAAUAAAUUAUUAAUAAAACUUU